AUGGUUAAGCAUAAGAAAAAUUUGCUUCAGCAACUGGUGAAACUGCAAAUCCAAGACAAAGCGAGCAACCGAAGCCCUGCUGAGGAAGAGCUCAAAGCCUUAAGGGAGAGGGCUGAUGAGGAGGAGGAAGCGAGGGAAAUGGAGGCCAAAGUUCAGAGGCAGAAGGAGUUGAAUGCCCAGAUGAAGAAGAGGAUCGAGGAAAUGAAGCUUGAGACCCUCAAAUAUAAACCUUACAAAGAUUUCAUGGAGCGCGUGCUCCAGCACUCCGAGUUUGAUGAUAUGGAUGCACUCACGCAACAUUUGGAUCACAUCAUUUAUGUGAAGGACAUGCUGUCUGAGAGGGGGGCUCAGAUCCAGAAAGAACAGGAGGAGCAGGAAAAAACCCUGCAGACCCUAAAGGAUCGGUUUGACCAUCUACGCAUUCAAGAGCAACUCCAGUUUGUCGAGCUCAACAAAAAACUGGAAGAGGCCCGCUCCAAAGCUCAGAAAUGGGAAAGGAAGUGGAAGAAAGUCCAGGAAACAAUUUCAAAUAAAAAACUGGCGGAGAUUGAGACUCAACUUGGGAUCCUUGACCUCUAUGUCACGAUCUUUGGGGAGGAAGGAGAUGGGGACGUGGUGCCUGAACAGCAGCUGGUUAAGAUCAAUGAGUUUAUCGUGGACAAUCAAAAGAUCGUGGCACACUGGGAGGCAAUGGAAAAGAAAAAAGCCGAGUCAAAGGAAAAAGCCGAGUCAAAGGAAAAAGCCGAGUCAAAGGAAAAAGCCGAGUCAAAGGAAAAAGCCGAGUCAAAGGAAAAAAUCGAAUCACGCACCUUCCACUGCUCAUCCCGCCUAGAACUUAGAUAUCUGUCGUCUGAUUGGCUUACAAUGAAGCUGAGGCAACAGAGCGAGAACGUGAUUGGUUCUCCGGACUGCCAAUCAUUCCACCGCUGUCUGCGCCGGUCCGACGCGGAACAGGGGACAGAGAGGCCAUACUAUCGGCAGAAGGCGCUCUCAGGAUUGCUGCCCUUCAUCAAAUCUUGGUACACCUUGUACAAUAAGCGCGUGGUGACUUUUAACCACUCCGACUUGGAUAAAUAUUAA